AUGUCGAGCUCGCUGUCGUCGUCGUCGUCGUCCCCCACGCAAAGCUCGCCGUCGCAACAAGUGACCACCACGACAGGCGGUGGGAGUACCGGGCCGUCGUCCACACUGUACCUGUUCACCUUUCUGGCGACGCUCUUUGUGCUGCUCUUCGUCUCUACCGCCAUCGUCUUUCGUUCCUUCUACCUCCGCAGGCGCUUCCGCCGCCGGGUAGACGAGGCGAUUGCCGCGGGAACGUUCAUCCCUCCUGGCGCCAGCGCUCCGGGCUCCCGGAAGUACCUCGACAAGCCCAAGCUCUGGGACGCGACCCUCUUCCCCGCAGCCCGCGGCGAGUGGGCAUACAUCGUGCCCGUCACGGCGCGGAUUGCUGUGAGAAGGCCCGGAUGUGGGAACGCGUCGCCACCGUCGCUCGCCUCGCAGGAGCCUACCUCUCUGCGGACUGUGCUUCCCGAGUCCAACUUCCUCCGGCGCGUGUUCGUGCACGCGUCCGCGACACCGUCUACUGCGCCAUCGCCUCUCGCCCAGGACGUAGGUAGCGAUCCAGUAUCACCCUUUUCGGGUGAGCAAGAGUCCGACGCGCUGUCGCAGGUCGCGCAAUUGCAAGUGUCGCUUCUCAUCGCGAUGCCGAACCCGCGACAUUCACACGCGCUGGAUGGUGCCGAACAGGGAACGUCGCCCAAGGGGAAGGAGAAGAGGCUGCGGGAGUUUUGGGAUGAGGAAGAGGAGGGCGUGCCGGAUGUCGUGAUAGGCAUUGCGGAGGUGCCGUAUAAUGACGACGGAGAUGAUGACUCGGAUUCGGGCCAUCGACCAUGGAGGUGA